AUGAGAUCUGCUUUUCUCACAGUGGCGGCCAUCUUACGAGACCAAGGAGGAGAACCACCUCCUCAUCAGCAGGAGACCAAGGAGAACCAUCUCCUUAUCAGCAGGACACCAAGGAGAACCACCUCCUCAUCAACAGGAGACCAAGGAGGAGAACCACCUCCUCAUCAGCAGGAGACCAAGGAGAACCAUCUCCUUAUCAGCAGGACACCAAGGAGAACCACCUCCUCAUCAACAGGAGACCAAGGAGGAGAACCACCUCCUCAUCAGCAGGAGGAGACCAAGGAGGAUAACCACCUCCUUAUCAGCAGGAGACCAAGGAGAACCAUCUCCUUAUCAGCAGGACACCAAGGAGAACCACCUCCUCAUCAGCAGGAGACCAAGGAGGAGAACCACCUCCUCAUCAGCAGGAGACCAAGGAGGAGAACUACCUUCUCAUCAGCAGGAUACCAAGGAGGAGAACCACCUCCUCAUCAGCAGGAGGCCAAGGAGGAGAACCACCUCCUCAUCAGCAGGAGACCAAGGAGGAGAACCACCUCCUCAUCAGCAGGAGGAGAACCACCUCCUUAUCAGCAGGAGACCAAGGAGGAGAACCACCUCCUCAUCAGCAGAAGACCAAGGAGGAGAACCACCUCCUCAUCAGCAGGAGGAGAACCACCUCCUUAUCAGCAGGAGACCAAGGAGAACCAUCUCCUCAUCAGCAGGAGACCAAGGAGAACCACCUCCUCAUCAACAGGAGACCAAGGAGGAGAACCACCUCCUCAUCAGCAGGAGACCAAGGAGAACCAUCUCCUUAUCAGCAGGACACCAAGGAGAACCACCUCCUCAUCAACAGGAGACCAAGGAGGAGAACCACCUCCUCAUCAGCAGGAGGAGACCAAGGAGGAUAACCACCUCCUUAUCAGCAGGAGACCAAGGAGAACCAUCUCCUUAUCAGCAGGACACCAAGGAGAACCACCUCCUCAUCAGCAGGAGACCAAGGAGGAGAACCACCUCCUCAUCAGCAGGAGACCAAGGAGGAGAACUACCUUCUCAUCAGCAGGAUACCAAGGAGGAGAACCACCUCCUCAUCAGCAGGAGGCCAAGGAGGAGAACCACCUCCUCAACAGCAGGAGACCAAGGAGGAGAACCACCUCCUCAUCAGCAGGAGGAGAACCACCUCCUUAUCAGCAGGAGACCAAGGAGGAGAACCACCUCCUCAUCAGCAGGAGACCAAGGAGGAGAACCACCUCCUCAUCAGCAGGAGGAGAACCACCUCCUUAUCAGCAGGAGACCAAGGAGAACCAUCUCCUCAUCAGCAGGAGACCAAGCAGAACCACCUCCUCAUCAACAGGAGACCAAGGAGGAGAACCACCUCCUCAUCAGCAGGAGGAGACCAAGGAGGAGAACCACCUCCUUAUCAGCAGGAGACCAAGGAGAACCAUCUCCUUAUCAGCAGGAGACCAAGGAGAACCACCUCCUCAUCAGCAGGAGACCAAGGAGGAGAACCACUUCCUCAUCAGCAGGAGACCAAGGAGGAGAACCAACUCCUCAUCAGCAGGAGACCAAGGAAGAGAACCACCUCCUCAUCAGCAGGAGACCAAGGAGGAGAACCAACUCCUCAUCAGCAGGAGACCAAGGAAGAGAACCACCUCCUCAUCAGCAGGAGGAGACCAAGGAGAACCACCUCCUCAUCAGCAGGAGACCAAGGAGAACCAUCUCCUCAUCAGCAGGAGACCAAGGAGGAGAACCACCUCCUCAUCAGCAGGAGACCAAGGAGGAGAACCACCUCCUCAUCAGCAGGAGUCCAAGGAGGAGAACUACCUCCUCAUCAGCAGGAGACCAAGGAGGAGAACCACCUCCUCAUCAGCAGGAGACCAAGGAGGAGAACUACCUCCUCAUCAGCAAGAGACCAAGGAGGAGAACCACCUCCUCAUCAGCAGGAGACCAAGGAGGAGAACCACCUCCUCAUCAGCAGGAGGCCAAGGAGGAGAACCACCUCCUCAUCAGCAGGAGACCAAGGAGGAGAACUACCUCCUCAUCAGCAGGAGACCAAGGAGGAGAACCACCUCCUCAUCAGCAGGAGACCAAGGAGGAGAACUACCUCCUCAUCAGCAGGAGACCAAGGAGGAGAACCACCUCCUCAUCAGCAGGAGGCCAAGGAGGAGAACCACCUCCUCAUCAGCAGGAGGCCAAGGAGAACCACCUCCUCAGGAGGCUCUACCAUCUUGUAAAGUGAUAGCAGAAGUACCAGGAGAGGCAGAGGGACCAGGAGAGGCAGAGCACAGGGACCAGGAGAGGCAGAGCAGAGGGACCAGGAGAGGCAGAGCAGAGGGACCAGGAGAGGCAGAGCACAGGGACCAGGAGAGGCAAAGGGACCAGGUGAGGCAGAGCACAGGGACCAGGAGAGGCAGAGGGACCAGGUGA